AAACACAAAAGAACACUGCUACGAUGAUGACGACAAACACUUGCUUCAAGUGUGACCGUCCCGGUCACUAUGCGCGCGACUGCCAGAACGUUGGUGGCGGCGGUGGCCGUGGAGUCGGUGGACCGCGUGAUCGUCGGGACUUUGGCCGGCGAGAGAAGUGUUACAAGUGUAACCAGAUGGGCCACUUUGCCCGUGACUGCAAGGAGGAUCUGGACCGGUGCUACCGGUGCAAUGGCAGUGGCCAUAUUGCACGCGACUGCAGCCUGUCCCCGGACGAUUCGUGCUGCUACAACUGCAACCAGAGCGGCCAUCUGGCCCGCAACUGCCCGGAGAAGAGCGACCGCGACAUGAACGUGUCGUGCUACAACUGCAACAAGAGUGGCCACAUUUCGCGCAACUGUCCGUCCGGUGACAAGUCGUGCUACAGCUGCGGCAAGAUCGGUCACUUGAGUCGCGACUGCACAGAGAACAAGGGUCGGGAUUAGAAGUCGGGUUACUCGUCGUGGUGUGGCAGUAACAACAACACUGCGGCGUAUUUCCGCUUGCCACAUCAGUCCACCUCCUCCUCCUCUACGACAGCAGCAGUAGCGGCGGCGAAUGCAUCAUCAUCU